UCCGCAUUUGGUUUCAGUUUAAGUUGUGAACUUUUUCGAAACGGUUGGAAUCUCAUUUGGCUUUUAUGCUUUAAAAUUGUUUUCAAAAUAACGCCUGAUUUGUGUUUAGAAAAAAAUUCUAUUUAAAAAUAUUUUAAAACUUGAUCACUAAUGGCAAACAAUCAAUUACAAAACGCUAUGAAACUACAUUUAGAAGCCGUUGAUCGUAUUGGUAGCAUUCCAAUAAUAGAAAACAGUAUCAAGCGAGCAGAACACAUCUAUAGCAGAGUUAAAAACACAAACCGUUUAUUCAACUGGUAUUUUGAAACAGCAGAAUCUACCAUUCUUGCUGCUUUGGAAUCAGUUCGACCAGCAGUAAAGCUUUUUGAAGUUCCACUCAAGCGACUGGAUGGCAUGAUGUGCAAAAGUCUUGAUAUUUUAGAACAGCGCAUGCCAUUGGUGUACUUGCCUCCAGAAAUGUUUAUUUUGUUAACAUUAAAGAUGUAUUGGAAUACCCGAGAAUACAUGUCUGAUCAUUUGGUAAGACCGGUACUGAAACGAGCUGAUUCGGUUAAACAAAUGGGACAAGCUGUUCUCGACAAUCCCCUAGCUGAGUACGCUGCUGAUCGAAUUGAUGGUGCAUUUACUGUUGCUGAUAUGUAUGUUGACAAGUAUUUGACAGUUGAUGCUGAACAAGAUCAAGUUGAUGGAGUCAUUAUUAUUUUAGCAACAAACGAUGAAAACGAAGCCAAAAAAGACUCGAACGAAAAAAUUACAAUUAAGGCAAUACAUCAUGGUCAAAGGUUCUCGAGGAAGCUUAAACGACGUCUGACUCAGCGUACCUUGCUUGAGGCUAGAGCACUGAAGAAACAAAGUAAAGAAGCUAUACAUGUGGCUUUAUAUGCCGCCGAAUUGAUUGCAACUGAUCCAAAGAUGGCUCUUCAAAAGGCUCGUGAACUAUGGAAUUAUCUUAGUCAGGAUGAACCUGAAAAUCAAGCUCGUCCAAAUACCUUGGAGCAGUUGAUUGUUCUUUUAACUAGAGAAUCAGCUCGUCGGCUAGUUCAUUUGAUAAACUUUACUACCGGAGUUGCUCAAACUAUUCCCAGGUCAGUUGUUCAUUCAUCUGCUGUGCUGCUUCACCAAAUAAUUCUUCUAAAUGAACGUCUCAUCAAAAUCACAAAAUUGGAUAAGGUAAAAGAUCUGACCAAGGAAGAAGCUGAAAGCCUUAUCAAUAAAUCUUUAACAUUUUAUGGCAAUUUGUCGAAUUUGACAUCAACUUAUCUAGAACGUGUUGCAAUUUUCUUGUCGGGUCGAAUUGAAGCUGAAAAAAUUUCAACAACCACUACUAGUGCCCCUAGACGGAGAAUUCAGCCCCGACAAAAUAAUGCCCCAACGCAUAACAACAUAAAUGGAAUCUACUGAGUGAUUGAAUUCUAUUUUAUAUUGUUGUUUAUUUUGUACGACUUAUUAUAGUUCUGGUUGGAAGCCCGAAAAUGUUAAGCAUAUUUUUAUAGUUUUUAUUUUUAAGAAAGCUUACAAUUUGUACCAUUUAUAUAAAAAGAAAAUAGUUUGAGUCUUGAAAACAUACAAAUAUGUAUAAAUGAAUGUGUACUCUAUAUACAAAAAAAAAGAGCUAAAACCCCUCAAUUCAAAUGAAUAUUUUUACACCUUUUUGGAAAGAUUUAUAUUUGAAUAUGUGUUAUUUUUUUUUUAAAGAUGUACAAAUAAAAUAAAAUGCAUUUAUAUAAUCAAUUUGCUUUAAGAAAA